CUGCACUCACAGUCGCUCUUGUUCUGCCAGACUGCCUAAAGAUGAGAAGUUUAGCUGAAGACAGAGCAGUUUCCAGGAAUCAGCAGUAUGGCCAUGAACAGUGACAAUUCUCGAGAUUUUCCUCCAGUCUUCAGUCAUGAACCUGGAUCCUCAGGCACAAAACAUCAGCAGCUCAAACACAGAGCAGAGUUUCCAGGAUCCAGCUCCAUGUCCAUGAACAGUGCCAAGUCUCGAGAUUAUCCUCCAGUCUUCAGUCAUGAACCUGGACCCUCAUUCACAAAACAUCAGCGGCACAAACACAGAGCAGAGUUUCCAGACAUCAGCAGUAUGUCCAUGAACAGUGACAAGUCUCGAGAUUAUCCUCCAGUCUUCAGUCAUGAACCUGAACCCUCAGGCACAAAACGUCAGCAGCACAAACACAGAGCAGAGUUUCCAGGAUCCAGCUCUGUGUCCAUGAAGUCCAGAGAUUAUCCUCCAGUCUUCAGUCAUGAACCUGGACCCUCAGUCACACAAGAUAUGCCACUGGUUGGGGAGCCACUGUCCUGCUGUCCUUUGUGUCAGAAUGUCUUGAAGGAUUCAUCAAGAAAGCCCUCCUGUCCCCAAUGUGGGGAAAGAUCCAGAACCAGACCUGGUCUGCAGACAGCCAAUGCUCAUCUGCAGAAAAUUUCAGAUGCACUAAAAUUCAGUCUGAGAACAAGAUAUGAACAUGUGACUGAGGGAACUAAUAAAACAGGAUGUGGAGCCCUCCUCAGAAUGAUCUACACUGAGCUCUACAUCACUGAGGGACAGAAUAAAGAAUUUCGCUUCCAACAUGAGGUGAGGCAGGUGGAGAGCGCUUCUAAGAAGAUCCAUCGUGAAACACCAAUUGGCUGUCAGGACAUCUUUAAAGCCUUACCUGACCAACAGAGACCAAUCAGAGUGGUUCUGACAUAUGGUGUUGCUGGCAUCGGAAAAACCUUCUCAGUGCAGAAGUUCACUCUGGACUGGGCAGAGGGCUUAGAAAACCAACACAUCAGUGCGGUGGUUCUGCUUUCAUUCAGGGAGCUGAACUUGGUCAGAGAUGAGCAGUACAGUCUCCUGGAGCUGAUCCAUGUUUUCCAUCCAACAUUACAGAGCGUCACAGCAGAGCAGCUCACUGUGUGUAAUCUUUUGUUCAUCUUUGAUGGCCUGGAUGAAAGCAGACUUUUGUUGGAUUUCACCAACAGGAAGCUUGUGUCUGAUGUCACACAGAAGUCAACCAUCAGUGAGCUCCUGACAAAUCUCAUCGAGGGGAAUCUGCUUCCCUCUGCUCUCAUCUGGAUAACUUCCCGACCUGCAGCAGCCAAUCAGAUUCCUCCCACAUGUGUUGACAGGGUGACAGAAGUGCGAGGCUUCACUGACGCUCAGAAGGAGGAGUACUUCAGGAGGAGAUUCAGAAACGAAGCAUUCUCCAGCAGAAUCAUCUCCCACAUGAAGACAUCCAGGAGCCUCCACAUCAUGUGUAGUAUCCCAGUCUUCUGCUGGAUCACUGCUACAGUUCUGGAGCACAUGUUGACUACAGAGCAGAGAGGAGAGCUGCCCAAGACCCUGACUGACAUGUACUCACACUUCCUGCUGGUUCAGAUAAAGAAGAAAAAGCACAAAUACUCUGAGGGGCAUGGGACAAGUCUUCAGAAGCUUACCAAUGCUGACAGGGAAGUUCUUCUGAAGUUGGGGAGGCUAGCAUUUGAACAUCUGGAGAAAGAAAACAUCAUUUUCUACCAAGAAGACUUGGAGCAGUGUGGUCUGGAUGUCACAGAGGCCUUGGUGCACUCAGGAGUUUGUACAGAGAUCUUCAGAGAAGAAUCUGUGAUCUUCCAGAAACCAGUUUACUGCUUUGUUCAUCUGAGCAUUCAAGAGUUUCUGGCUGCAGUCUACAUGUUCCACUGUUACACCAACAGGAAGACAGAGGUGCUGAAGAACUUCCUUAAUAAAGACAUCUCAUCUCUGGAAGAUCUUUUGAGCAAUGCCAUGGAGAAAUCUUUCCUAAGUGACAGCGGCUACCUGGAACUGUUUGUUCGUUUCCUUCAUGGCCUCUCUCUGAAGUCCAACCAAAAACUCUUAGGUGGUCUGCUGGGUCAGACAAAGAGCAGUCCAGAAAUCAUCCAGAGAGUCAUCAACAACCUGAAGGAGAUUAAAACUUAUGAUAAGUGUCCAGACAGAAGCCUAAACAUCUUCCACUGUCUGAUGGAGAUGAAUGACCUUUCGGUACAUCAGGAGAUCCAAGAGUUCCUACAGUCAGAGAACAAAUCAGUGAAGAAACUCUCUGGAAUUCAGUGCUCAGCUCUGGCAUAUAUGCUGCAGAUGUCAGAGGAGGUCUUGGAUGUGUUGGAUCUGAUGAAAUACAACACAUCACAGGAGGGACGACACAGACUGGUUGCAGCUGUGAGGAACUGCAGAAAGGCUCGACUUCAUGAUGUUUGGCUCUCAGAGAAUCACUGUAAAACUGUGACCUCAGCUCUGAUAUCCAACAACUCCAAUCUGAGAGAGCUGCAGCUGAGUUCAGUCAAGCUGCAGGAUCCAGCAGAGGCACUGUUUGCUAGUCUGGGGCAUCCAAACUGUAGACUGGAGACACUCAGCUUUGAGAACAGCACUUUGUCAGAGAACAACUGUGCUGCUCUGCUCAGUGCUCUGAAGUCCAACCCUCCAUAUCUGAAACAUCUGGAUCUAAUAGGAUGCAACCUGGAGGGCUCAGGGAUGAAACAGCUGUAUGAUUAUCUGGAGAGUCCACACUGUAAACUACAGUUUAAAAGGUCAGUUCACUUGACUUAGAUUAUGAAGGAAAAACAUUUCGUUGGUUUCUGUUUAUUAGUGUGUCUGCAGAACAAACGAUCACACAUACAAAGAGAAUAAGGAUGUGUAGCAGGCUGACUAUGUGAUGAUCCACAGUAACAACAGAACAAAGUUACUCCUCAUUUUAGAGAAAAAAGCUUUAAAUAUGCAGUUUACAUGGUAACAUUGAACUGCACAUUUAAAGGUCUUGUGUCCUAACACUUAAUGAAUUGUUAGUUUCACAUGUCCCCAGAAUCUAUAUUUCAGGCUUCUGUUCAAAACAACAUACAGAUCAUUUUUUAACAAUAUCUGCAAACCUCUAGUUAGGAACGAUUUAAGUCAAACUGGAAUGGGCUCUACAUCCACC